ACAGCGUACUUCCGGAAAGAAAUGGCAUCUUUGGACAGGGUGAAAGUGUUGGUUUUGGGAGAUUCUGGAGUGGGGAAGUCCUCUCUUGUACAUUUACUUUGCCAGAAUCAAGUUUUGGGGAAUCCGUCAUGGACUGUGGGCUGUUCAGUGGACGUCAGGGUUCAUGACUACAGAGAAGGCACUCCAGAAGAGAAGACAUACUACAUUGAACUCUGGGACGUUGGGGGAUCUGUUGGCAGUGCCAGCAGUGUUAAAAGCACCAGAGCUGUGUUUUACAAUUCUGUAAAUGGUAUUAUUUUAGUUCAUGAUUUGACCAAUAAGAAAUCCUCUCAGAAUCUGUACCCCUGGUCACUGGAGGCACUGAGCAAAGUCUCAUCUCCAACUGGCAUCAUUGUAUCAAAUGGAGAUUAUGACAGAGAACAGUUUGCAGAGAACUCUGUUCCUCUCCUGCUUAUUGGCACCAAAUUUGAUCAGAUCCCGGAAAACAAGAGGAAUGAUGUGCUGACCCGCACUGCCUUUCUAUCUGAAGACUUUAAUGCGGAAGAGAUCAAUUUGGAUUGUACAAAUCCACGGUAUCUUGCUGCUGGAUCAUCAAAUGCUGUUAAAUUGAGCCGAUUCUUUGACAAGGUAAUAGAGAAGAGAUACUUCACAAGAGACCCUAGCCAGAUGCAGAGUUUCACCGACAGGAGGCGCUUUAAU